CGAAACCCACUCCAGCGAGAGCGAAGCUGUGUUCACUCGGAGCGCGAGAGGGAAAAAAGAAAGAAAAAAGCUUGCUUCCGGGAAAAUCUUUAGUUAAAGAAAACAAUUAAAAAGAAACCCUAGUGAGGUUGGUUGGCUCUCCGAUUCCUCUCCCUUCCAAACACUCGUAGCUUGAUCCAAUCUCUCUUCGCUCUGGCAUUCGGAUUCCCGGAAAGUUAGGGUUUCGUCGCCGGAUCUGCAACUCGAUUUCGCCCGCGAAUCGCCGAAUGCUGCCCUCCGGGGGCAGGUGAUUGAUAAAGGAGAGGUUUUCUGCACGCAAUUGGGCGGAUGGUGGAGGAAACCUAACUUCAGAGCUCGGGAGGGGAAGAGAUCAGAGGCCAUUGGGCUGUGGAAAUGGCUAUGGUGGUAGAACCGCUGCUCGACUCAUUCUGGAUGGAAGAUUGCAUGUCAUGGGUUUUUUUGGUGGAUGGGAGUCCUCAGUUUGGUGCGUGAGGAAGAGGGAGGGGUGGAGCUGCGGUGAGAGGGGACAGUGUGGUUGGAAAAGAUGCCUCCUUCACCUGCAUUGAGGUGCUCUCCUGGGAGGGACCAUAGAAUGGAAAAUACACACAAGAGGGGCCAAAGUUUUGAGAGUGGGCUAACGCACAAAGCCAAAGACGACGAUCUUGCACUUUUCAAUGAGAUGCAGAAUCGCGAGAGAGAAAACUUCUUGCUCCAUUCGACAGAUGAUUUUGAUGACUCUAUCUCAAAAUUGAGAUACUUCUCAGAUUUCAAGCUCAACAUCAACAUUCCAGCUCGAGGAGAGAGCAGUGAUCUACUGAAUGCAGAUGGCGAGAAAAAUGACUAUGAUUGGCUAUUGACUCCUCCUGAUACUCCUCUUUUUCCUUCAUUGGAUGAUGAUAAUGAUGAGCCUCAACCAGUUAACCUGGCCCCUAGGGGGAGGCCACGAAGUCAACCCAUUUCAAUAUCAAGAUCGACCAUGGGUGAGAAGGUGCACAGGACAGGUAGAAGCAGUGCCAGUCCGUGUCGACUAAGCCCAUCCCCCCGAUCUAGUUAUAGUGCAGUUCAAUCAAGAGUAAGGCCGUCCUCAGCUCCUCGUGCUAGCCCCCCUCCUGUUUUACGACCAACAACGCCGUCACGAAGAUCAAUAACUCCUCCAACAAAGCCAUCAAAACCUACUCCAAGGUCUUCAACUCCCACAUUGCAAAGGAUGAGCACUGGUUCAUGCGGGCAGGUGUUCUCCUCUGGAGCAAGGGGAACUUCCCCAGUAAAGGCAAGUCGGGGUAAUUCUGCUUCACCAAAAUUGCGAGGUUGGCAAUCAAACCUCCCUGGUUUCUCCUCGGAUGCACCGCCAAACCUCCGAACUUCUCUAUCGGAUCGGUCAACAUCACGUGUGAGGGGGUUGUCUCCAGCAUCUGGAAAUGGAAGGGAUUUAUCAUCAAAAUUUCGAAGGCAGUCAAUAUCACCAUCUUCGUCAAGAAGUGCCAGCUUGUCGCAUAGUCAUGAGCGAGAUCGCUUAAGCUCUUAUAGUAAGGCUUCUUCUGGUGAAGAUGAUGUGGAGUCAAUACGCUCUGUAUCUGUAGGAACAUAUGGCAGGUCCACAGCAAGAAAAAAUGGAGCAUCGGUGAAUAGCAGAGCUAUGGCAUUCUCCAAGAAGCCAUCCAGAAUGCCAUCUGUGAGUUCUGCCCCGAAAAGAUCUUUUGAUUCUGCACCUCGACAGAUGGAUCAUCGGACUCCACAAAAUAUGUUCAGGCCACUUUUAUCAAGUGUCCCUACGACCACGUUUUAUGUGGGGAAAGCAAACAGUUUGCACCGGCCUAUGUUCUCUAGAAAUUCUUCACUUACAACAAGCAGCAAUGCAAGCUCUGAGCAUGGAGCCAGUGUUGCUCCUGAUAUGGAGGAUAGUGACCAUGAGCAGAGUGAUCUGGCUGGUGAUUGGGGAAAGACUCAACAGCCUGAUACCCAAGAGGAAGUGUUUAUGUUUGAUAAAGUGGAUGAGAUAAAUGAAGAUGCAGGUCAUAGUAUUGAUGCCCGUAAGCUCCAAAGCAGUAAUGAAUGUUUUGAUGAAAGUAUGGCCAAUAAAAACUUUGAAGAGGCUAUGACUGACACAAUUGAUUCACCUGAGUUAGAAAAUUCCAUGAGCAAUGUUGGUGAUGCUUUGAGUAUUGCAUUUGCUUCUCAAACUUCAAAUGCUGCCAAUGAACAUUCUGAGGUUGACUCUCAUGGAAUUACUGCCAUUUGCUCUGAAUGUGGAAAACGCUUCCAUGUCAUGGAAGUGGAUGGUGACAUGGAUGUUUGUGAAGAAUGUGCUGCAAAAUAUAGGCUUUUAGCUUCUGUAGAACCUGGGGCUAAUGUUCUUGUAAUUCAUGAUGAAAUGGGUGAGCCAGGCAUUUCGACUGGAAAAGAUAGAUUGUGUGGUGAAGUGCAGCUACAAACAGGAGUGCUUGAAAUGUCAGAAAGGAACGGUGGUGAAGUUAUGGUUAGUCAACGUGGAAGAAACAGCGAACAAGAGCCUGAUGUCUUGCCGGACGGUUCUCCAUUUCAGUUGGCAAUGGAUCAGGAAGAGCUAAACCUUUCUCAACAGCAAAUGGACAGCCAGAGUGAAGUGAGUAUUCCUGAAUCUGAUAAUAGAAACAAGUCUCAACAAUCACAGCCCACUAGCCAACCGAGCCUGUGGUUUGACUGUCCUGAAGGUACAGGUAUUUCAGUACUGUUGCAAAGGUCAAGCAGCAGCAAAUGGCCUGUUGUACAGGGCAGAGCUUUCUCUGCUACAAAUAUACUUUGCUCUGAGCCAUCAUAUGCGAGAGAUAAUAUGAGUGUGACAAGGCGCAGCAUUGGGAGGGACAGUGCCUCAGCUUCAUCUUCUGUUGAUCUGGGAUCAUCUAGGUACACGGAAGUCUCUGUUCAGCGCCAGUUAAGCAGCAGGAAGGGUGAGAUGAACAAUGUCAGAAGUGAUUGUAACUCAGGUACUCGAAGCAUUGGUUCACAUUCAGAAAUUUUAAUAAAUGCCUCUGAAGCUCCAGUUCUUGCCAAAAGUGAAACAGGAGCUGAUUUUGAUAGCUUUGUUGCGGGUAUGGAGAAUAAGGCCCAGCAACAAAAGUUUUCUGCUACUGAAAUACAUAACUCUUCUAAAGGUACAGAGCUGAAUACCAUGGAGCACUCAUCUGUUGGGCAAGCCAUUGUCGGUGGAGAUUUAUCAGUCUGUGCUGAUAGCUACGUGGCAUCAAAUGCAUCUGACUCGCAAUCAUUGAGUCACCUGUUGAGUAUUAAUUUGCAUGAGGCUUCAUCGGCCGAUAACCUAAAUGAUGAGGAAUGUACGUCUUCAAACAAUGUUGAUGAAGUUCUCUGUGAACAUAAUGAAAGAAAUAUCCAAGACCCAGUAAUAAUUACUACUCCAGAUUGCUCUAUUAGUACAGAAGAUCAUAUGCUAAUUGAUACUGGCUGUAGAGUUGAUAUUUCUGAUGCUGCCACCCAUAUCUCUUCUAUUGUGGUCAUAGGAGAACAAAAUGAUCAUCAUAAUUCUCAAGACUCGCAAACUGAGUGCACACCCUCCCAAAUAUCAAGCAAUGUGGAGGAUAUUCAUGAAGGUCGUAUCUCCACAACGUCAGAUAAGGAUGUAUUGGUUUCUGCAUCUCAAUCUAACAUUGCUGAACAUCAUCAUUGUAUUCACGAAGAACCAACUGUAAUGGUUGAAGGUCCAAAGAGACAAAUGCUAAGAAGCUUGACGCUGGAAGAGGCAACUGACAGCAUACUUUUCUGCAGUUCUAUCAUUCAUGAUCUGGCCCACAGGGCUGCAACGAUUGGGAUGGAAAAGGAGUUGGUUCCACCUGUGGUUCCCCGUCCAACAGUUACAAUAUUAGGAAAAUCUGUUUCUGAUCAGAAAGACUUGUGCAAGAUUUCCAAUAAACGUAGUCCAUAUUCACGGAAGGUCAAACGGAAAAAGUUGGAGACCCUGACCACAUUACCUUCUGCAGAAUUGGGAAAUAGUUUGGAAAAAUCAGAUUCUACGCCUACAAAUGCUGAGAUUUCAAACACGGUGGAUGGUGUAAAGCCCCCGAAGCUGGAAUCAAAAUGCAACUGCACAGUGAUGUAGAGAGUUCUAAUUCAUUCAGUGCAUAUAUUUUGACAAGAACUGCAAUGUUUGCCACGUUCUCUCCCCUUCAGUCCAGUAUUUGUAGAGAUCUCUGUAUUCUUUCCGAAGAAUGAAAUUUCUAUACUUUCAGGGGAACAUCAGCAUGUAUGCCCCCAUUCCGAUGUAUGUGUAGAAUAUGCUGCGAGCUGGUAACAUGAUCUUGCAAAAUUAUUGUCUUUUUGAUCAGUUCACAAGAUGAAUCAGAGUUGUGAGACAGUCCAUUUCCCUGUUUUCCUACUA